GCGCCGGAAGCCAAGCAGUGGGCGCCAGCCCGGGAGGCAGGACCUCGCAUAGAGGCGCUUGCCGUCCAGGACUGGACUCUGCCUGGAGGCUGGCGGCGGCCCAGUCCCACCCGGAGCUCUGAGGCGGCGGCGGGCGGCCUCCCGCGGGUCGGGAGUAAGCGAUCGGGGCGGUUCCCGUCGCCAGCGAGGCCCGUGUGGAAGUCCCUGCGUCUCCCGGCCUCCGCGCCCUGCAGGUUGGCUCGUCUGGUCGCUGCCAGGGCGACACAGAGUCCCCCUAGGACAGAGCGAGCUCGCAGUCGGGAGUGCUGGGCACAUCACUGGCUUCCCGAAUUUUCCCACCUCGCCCAGCGCGGCCUCUGUGCUUCUGGGGUUUGUAGUCAGCAAGACCUGGUGACGAGACCUGGCUGCAGCUUCCAACUUUUUCGUGACCUUGUGGAAAUCGCCAAGUCUCAGUUCCCGGUAAACCUGUGCUCCCUGGAGACCCACCUGUAGGGGAGCCCGGAGCUGCUAUUGGAGCUGACUGCUAGGCGGAAGGAAUGAAAGGUUGACUCCCAGGACAAACAGGCCUACAGUCCCUGGUGUGAUGAGAAUGUGGGAUUUGCUGUCCUGAAUUAGAAAAGCAAGGCAGUAACCGUGGGCCCUGACUCUGCUCACCAGUGAUGAGAGAGAUGGAAGCCUUAAAUUCUGGGGAUAAAAAGAGGGUCCUUCCCACCUGGAUGACAGCCCAGGCGCCUGAGCGGAGGAUGAGGCUGGGGAAGACCCCGAAGAGGAGGAAAAUGGCCGUGGUGGCUGCAGCGAGACCUCCUGCAGUGAAGACCGCGUACUGCAUGAAUGAGGCCGAACUUGUGGACGUGGCUCUGGGGGUCCUGAUCCAGAGCCGAAAACAGGAAAAGGCCUUGGAGCAGCCGCCUCUGGCAGGCACUGAUAAACCAGCGCUGUCCCCCACCUGCCCGGAGCCACCCAGUUCUGGGAGCGGGAGUAAGGCCGAGGACCAUGGGAGAGGUGCCCUUCCCUCAGGCCCCAGCCCUCCUGGGGGACCCCCAGGCUCUGGCUCUGCCUGCAGCAGGAGCCCCGAGGAAGAGGAGGAGGACGCGUUCAAGUACGUCAGAGAGAUAUUCUUCAGCUGAAGGACGGAUUCCAGCACUUUGUGUCCAGAACAGUUCGAGGAAGCGGGGCUUUGGCUCCCUGCCAGGGGCAGCUCCCAGCUCCACGCCCUUGGAGCGGAGAAGCAGGGGGUGGGGGGGCCUGGAGCCGGGAGCCGCCGCCAUCAGCAUUCCCGUCUGCACCGCGUCCCCUCCCCGCUCGGGGGUCAACCAUCUGACGUGGUCAGUUACCGGGUGCCGGGGACAGUGAGGUCGUGGUGGUCGAACUUCGUGGCAUCCAAGAAUCGUGCUAAUAAUUUUCAAACAAAAUAAAGUGUGGCUGCUAGAGUAAAUGCA